UUAAUAACUGCAAACGCUCUUUCCCUGUUUCGAGAUAUGUGAUUAUUCAACUGAGUUUCCCACCAAAAACACACUGCUCUCCUCUCUACUAUCCUCCCUCUUUCCUAAGCUAAUUUCAGUAACCGCCGGCUACCUCCCUUGUUUCUCUUCAAGAACCCAUUUCCGAGCCUCAAUAUCAGCUCUCUUUUUUUCUGAUUUGUAAAAAUGGCAAAAUCUUGGACUCUUUACGGAUCAUACUUCGUCUUCUUCACCAUCAUCAUACUAAUUUCAUUUCCGGUUACGCACUCUGAUUCUUCUAACGAUAAUCCAAGUUAUAUGGGGUUUGUGUUCAAUGCGACGGAGUUCCCAUCGGAAGACUAUUAUGACUACAUCGUUGUGGGAGGUGGCACCGCCGGCUGUCCACUGGCGGCGACAUUGUCGGAGAAGUACCGAGUUCUACUCCUUGAAAGAGGCGGUGUUCCAUAUGGAAGACCUAAUUUGAUGACCCAAGAAGGGUUUCUAACUGUACUUACCGAUGUUGAUGAUUUUGAGUCCCCUGCCCAAGCCUUCAUCUCUGAAGAGGGAGUUCCAAAUGCCCGAGGUCGCAUUCUUGGUGGAAGUAGUGCAAUUAAUGCCGGUUUUUACAGUAGGGCUGAUCAAGAUUUCUACAGUAGGUCGAAAAUGAAUUGGGAUUUGCAAGUUGUAAAUCAAUCUUAUGAAUGGGUUGAGAAGGCUAUUGUGUUUAGGCCGGAACUCAAGAAUUGGCAGUCGGCUGUGAGGGAUGGGUUAGUGGAGUCUGGUAUUGAUCCCUUCAAUGGAUUCAGUUUGGAUCAUGUUAUUGGUACCAAGAUUGGUGGCUCCACCUUUGAUAGCUCUGGCCGCAGAUAUAGUGCUGCUGAUCUUCUCAAUUUUGCAAAUCCUUCAAACAUUCAGGUGGCUGUUUAUGCCAGUGUGGAGAGAAUUCUGCUAGCUACAUCCGCAGAUUAUUCUCUGUCUAAGCAGGCUGCUACUGGUGUGGUUUUUAGUGACCAAUCUGGCCGCUAUCACCACGCCAUGUUGCGUGGAAAAGGUGAAGUUUUAGUAUCCGCAGGAGCUCUUGGUAGCCCACAGUUGCUUCUCUUGAGUGGUGUUGGUCCAAGGCCCUACCUCUCUACAUGGGGUAUACCAGUUGCUCACCAUUUACCUUAUGUGGGGAGGUUUCUGUUUGAUAAUCCAAGAAAUGGUAUCUCAAUUGUGCCACCCAUGCCGCUGGAACACUCUUUGAUUCAAGUUGUGGGGAUCACUAAUUCGGGGGCUUACUUAGAGGCUGCCUCAAGUGUCAUUCCAUUUGCUUCCCCUGCUAAAUCCCUUUUUAUCAGAACUUCCCCAUCUCCAGUUUAUCUCACAGUGGCCACCCUCAUGGAGAAGAUUGUUGGACCGGUUUCUUCUGGUUCACUUAGAUUGGCAUCAACAGAUGUUAAGCUGAACCCUAUUGUUCGAUUUAAUUACUUCAGCAACUCGGGAGAUGUAGAGAGGUGUAUCAAUGGCACCCGAAAAAUAGCAGAAGUGUUGAGAACCAGAACAAUGGAGAUUUUCAAGUUUGAUCAGUGGUUUGGCGGUAGGGAUUUUAGGUACAUUGGUCCUGCUUUGCCUGUUGAUGAGUCAAAUGAUGAACUUAUGAAGGAGUUCUGCCAUCAGACAGUCAGUACCAUUUGGCACUAUCAUGGUGGCUGUGUUGUGGGGAAGGUAGUUGAUCAAAAUUUGAGAGUGCUUGGCAUUGAUGGCCUAAGAGUUGUUGAUGGUUCAAUAUUCAGAGUGUCACCAGGGACCAAUCCCCAGGCUACUCUUCUCAUGCUUGGACGGUAUGUUGGUACGGUGAUGCUGAGGGAGAGGUUCAGGUAGUGGCUGUUAUGCUGAUACGAGCUGCUUAGGGAAACACUAUAAGAUAGUAGUAUUCAUCAUUUUCCUUGAUGUGAGCUAACUCCUUUUCUGUUAUACAUUGCUGCUUUAUGGUCACUACUUCUGUAAAUGUUUUAUUUUUUCAGAACAACUAAUCUGUUGUAAUGUUUGGUGCAAUUUGUUAAUUCAUUCAUUCUGUAAAAUGCAUGAUGAGAAGUGCUGCUAAGUACAUCAGAAAUGAUAUAUUUUGGGCCAGUUAAUGAUUUGAGUUAGACGGUUACCUGAA